UUGCAUUAAUUAAUUUCACAAACUCAAUUAUCGCAGGCUAAUAAUCAUAUAGAAUGGAACAGUUUACAAACAAACACAAUUCCAUAUCUCUCAUGACGUUUUCUUUUCUAAUCCUAUUUUAUACCAAAACAAUAAAUGAUAAUAUGCCAAUCAUAAUAAUAAUUCUGGUCAUUUGUUAUAUGCUGGCCACAAUUUAUCAGUUCAUAUCGGUGUCCGGGUAUCAUAAUAGUAAUUUAAGACCACCUUGUCUUUAUAUGACCCUUAUCUUGUAAACCUCGCAUAAACUUUACUUUUGAGCUUUGUCUUGUGGAUGGCACAUUGCAUACGCUGACCGUGUUGCGAGCACAAUGUGGCGAUACACAAUUUACACGUUACCGUUAUUGCUAUGUGCCACCCAGUAUAGCACAGCAAUGUCAGAGAUUGACCCUAUGGUUAAUACAAACGUUGGCUUGAUUCAUGGUCUCAGAGCCACCGAUGGUGCCUACAACAUGUUUAUGGGUAUUCCAUACGCAAUUGUUAACGAAACCAAUCCCUUCGGACCAUCCACACCACACUCUGGAUUUAUUGAUGCUUUUGAUGCUUACGAUGAUACUGCUGUGUGCCCACAAGUUGAUGAGUUUACCAAUAAAGAAGUUGGAUCAAUAGACUGUCUCCAUUUAAAUAUAUAUGUACCUAACACAGCGAAUUCCAGAAACCGAUUACCAGUAUUAGUUUGGAUUUAUGGUGGAGCAUUUAGAAUUGGAUACUCAGGGAGGUUUUUGUAUGGGCCUAGCUAUUUAGUUAAACAAGACAUAAUCUUAGUUACGCUAAAUUACCGCGUCGGCCCCUACGGGUUCAUGUGUCUUGAUGUACCGGAAGUUCCUGGAAAUCAAGGUUUAAAAGAUCAGCAAUUGGCUUUCAAGUGGGUUAAAAACAACAUCGAAGCAUUUGGUGGAAACCCCGACCAAAUAACAAUAUUCGGGGAGAGUGCAGGUGCUAAAUCUGUAGACUUGCAUUUAACAUUCAGUCAAGAAAAGUUGUUCCAUCAAGUAAUUAUGCAAAGUGGUGCUGCUGUGGCUGCAUCAUCAGUUAGAAGUCCAGAACCCUCGGUACCUCUGAAAAUAUCUGAGCAACUCGGUUUCAAAACGACGGAUACCAAAGACGCGUUAUCAUUUCUUGCAUCAAUUGACACCAAUUCAGUCAUUGCAGCGGCAGCAGCACUUAAACUAAGCUACGGUCCCUGCGUGGAAAACGAUUUCGAAAACGUUGAAAAGUUCAUUCAUGAUUUCCCCAUCAACAUAAAGAAGCCAAAUCUUGGAAACUUGCCUACUCUCCUGGGAGCUAACAAAGACGAAGGUUUGGCAGUGUUCGCAACUAAGACAACCGAAGAGAUUACAUCUCAAUACUCAAACAUAUUCUUGAACCAAUUAAAUGAUAAUUUCAUUUUCAACACUGAAGAACUUCAUGACAUGGAACAAAUUGUAAGGAAUUUUUAUAUUGGUGACAAAACUGUUAGUAAAGAUGUAGUACACGGACUUAUUAAAGUGUAUUCGGAUUUAAUGUACAACUACCCUGCAGCGAGAACUUUACAAAAAUAUCUUGACAAUGGUCUAAAGAAUAUAUAUUAUUACUUGUUUUCUUAUGAUGGUGGAAGGAACUUUGUGAAAAAGAGAAUUAACAUAACAGUUGCUGGAGCUGCACAUGCUGAUGAAAUUGGUUACUUUUUUGAUAUCUCCUACAUGGACAAAAACCCAGCUCCUAAAGAUCAACUUGUGAUCGACCGAGUCACGAUGUUGUGGGCUAACUUUGCUAAAUUUGGAAACCCAACUCCCCAUACUUCUGAAAUCUUACCUGUGCUGUGGCCGGCAGCCACAAAAGACAGUCAAUACUAUUUGGAUAUUGACGCGGACCUUACAGUCGGGAAGAGAUAUUUCAACUCCAGAGUAGCUUUUUGGGAUAUGUUUUACAAAUUAAAUGAAAAGGCGCAAGUUGGGUACAAAGAUAGCUCGUAGUAUUUAGCCCUUAAGUGAUAGACUGACUGGAACCCAUUGUCCCGUUAAUCAUAGCGUGUUGCUAUAUAGUUCGUUGCCUUCGUCAAUAAAUGGUCUAUCUAACACUGAGUGAAGUUUUCAAAUCAGACCAUCAGUUCUUAAGAUUAUCGCGUUCGACAAACAAACAAACUCUUAAAUUUUAUAAUAUUAGUAUUGAUGAUAAGGAACAUUCAAGCAAAACCAAUAUGUCACGCUGAAACAUGACUAUUUUUCAACAACUGCAGGUAUUAUUUUAUCUAUUUUAGCCUGUAGCUGUUACGAUAUGUAAUCUUAUGAUGCGACACAGCUUUAGUUGAUCCUAUGCAAUAAAGUGUACACAAGAGAUAAGUAUGUGGUGGUGGAACUGUAGAUCUAAAGGAAAGUUGGAAGGAUAUCCGUGGUCAGCCAUUGGUUGUCCACAAGAAUAUGUAAAUAUUUAUUUAGAUUCAGACAAAUCACUGAUCAAAUACAUAAAUGUAUUGUGUAUCUAUUUGAAGUGUGUUAAACAUUCAUGUCGGUUUCCAAUAACAAAAAAAUGUAUAUAAAACCUACGCGUGAUCUGUACCUAAAACUUUUUACUAAGUUUUGAAAUAAAUGUUGUUCUGUU